AGUGCGUGCGCCGGGGCCCAAGCGCACAAACGGAAAGAGCGGGCGCGGUGCGCAGGGGCGGGCGCCCAGCGGGCUUGGCAUGCGCGCCCCCGCCCGAGGCUAUAAAAGCAUCGCCACCUGCUGCCACUAGCCAAGCCGCGCGUCCAGUUGCUUGGAGAAGCCCGUUCACCGCCUCCAGCUGCUGCUCGCCUCGACAUGGACCCUGAGACCUGCCCCUGCCCUUCUGGUGGCUCCUGCACCUGCGCGGACUCCUGCAAGUGCGAGGGAUGCAAAUGCACCUCCUGCAAGAAGAGCUGCUGCUCCUGCUGCCCUGCGGAGUGUGAGAAGUGUGCCAAGGACUGUGUGUGCAAAGGCGGAGAGGCGGCUGAGGCAGAGGCAGAGAAGUGCAGCUGCUGCCAGUGAGAAGGCACCCCUCCGUGUGGAGCACGUGGAGAUAGUGCCAGGUGGCUCAGUGCCACCUAUGCCUGUGGUGAGGUGUGGCUGGUGUCCCCUUCCCCUGCUGACCUUGGGGGAAUGACAAUAAAUCCCAUGAACAGCA